AUGCUUGACCGACCGGAUUUAGAGAGCCAGACGGCCAAAACAUUCCUAGUCCGGAAAUUGUCAGCGCCCGGCUCCUCGACCACGCCCAACACGGUAUCUCACUCCCCCACCAUCCCCACAACGAGUACGGCCCAAACGGCGGGAGUACGACGAAUGUCGGCGAUCGGAGUACGUCGGGCGUCGAGUCGCCACUACCCACCUACCGUAUAUGCCUACCCAUUACCGCGGAGUUGCGACAGUAUUGAUAAGAAGAAGCGAGGGUCGAGCUAUCGGAUUGAGAUACCUGCCCAUAUGUUGUUGUUGGAUAGAAAUCCAUCAAGUAUUUCGUCGGCAUCGUCGAUGAAAAAGUAUUUGAAGCAGCAGCAGGAGUUGUUGGAUGAACAACAGCAGACUAGGGGGAGCAGUAAGUUGAUUUUAAAGCUUUUAAAAUGAUUUCAAAUAUUUUAAUAUUCUAUUUACAAGCUUUAAGUACAUAUAAAAAAAACAUUAAGAUGUUCAAGUAAUUCUGAGCCCUCUUUCAAAACAAACUUUUGGAGUUAGUGGCUUAGAACUUUUUAGACGAAAUAUUAUAAUAAGUUUGUAAAUUCUGUUUUCUUUUAGUUUUAGGUAUUAAAAUGUAAAAAUAAUUUGUAAAAUACGCUUUUUCCAAUUUAAUGUUAAUAUAAUUUUGCCAUUUCAGUACCAUUCCUGCCAGGUUUUUCUCUAUGUGGUGCUAUAUUGCUGGCUGCAGCUGCCCUUGCUCUGUUUGUGUUACUGUUAACACAAUCAACGACACAUGAGACUAAACUAUGUGGAGGGGACCCCAAUCCUCCAAGAGUGUCAUAA